AUGAGUCCCAGCAUCACUUCUGAGGCCGGCCAGCCUCUCCCUGUCAAGUCCACCGUGGCCCAGAGGAAACAGGCCCAUGAGCUGAGAAAGACUCUCAAACCUCUUUUGGAGAAGAGAAGACGCGCUCGAAUUAACGACAGUCUGAGCCAUUUGAAGAGUCUCAUCCUGCCUCUUGUAGGCAAAGACAACUCCCGCUACUCCAAACUGGAGAAAGCUGACAUUCUGGAAAUGACUGUUCGCUUUCUCAGAGACCUUCCAGCCUCUCCUGCUAAAGACCCUGCAGAAAGCUACAGAGAAGGCUACAAGGCUUGCCUCCAGCGGGUCUCGGCUCUGCUCCCACAGACCAGUCUGGACCAGGAUGUGUGUCAGCGUGUCAGGGACUUUGUGCAGCGCUCCAUGUCCGCCCAGGUCACCCCGGCGUGUCUCAAAUGCUGCGCUCAGACCUCCACAGCGUUUCCGCAUAUACAGCAAAGGCUCCUCAGCCUCAAGUCCAGCUUCAGCUCCGUGAGACCAGAGAGCCACUCUAUUCAGUCCCAGCCUGUUGCUCCCAGUCGGGCCGCUCAUCAGCUCCUGCCUGCUGCCAGCGCUGCCAUGUGGAGGCCCUGGUAG